UUUUUUUCUUCCUUCUGCACUUUUCGCUUUUGAGCCUUUUUUUUUUAUUCCAAAAAAAAAAGUCUCACUGUUUCUUCUCCCUCUUCUCGCCUCUGCCACUUGAUGUUCUGCUUCCAGCACAUCAGCCUCCUUAUUAGUGACUUUGCCAGCGCACCCCAGCACGUUCAAACCUACCUUCGCGAACGCGAGCUUACCAACAACUCGGAUCAUCUCCUUUGAUCUUUAGCCCCACGCGAUCUUUGAUUUUUCUCCUUCUAAAAAAAAAAAAAAAGGACUUUUUAACUUUUUUUUUUUUUUUUUUUUGAUUUUCGUUCUGGCAAAGCACUUUUAAGUUUCUCCAUUCUUUUCCCCCCCACUGCGCACCCGCUUCGUUUUUCUUUUUGUCGAGAAAAAAACCCGCCUUUUCAUCACCGCAAGAAAAUGACGUUCAAGGUUAACUCUCCCACUGUCACCUACACUGAUGCCACCAUCGAGUCGCGCGUCGUCUACGAGUCGACCGACCUGACCUUCGACCCCAAGACCGGCGCCGUCCUCGAGGUCACUCCGACUGCCACCAACUUUGUCUUCCGCACCGAGCGCAAGGUUCCGCGCCUGGGCAUGAUGCUGGUCGGCUGGGGUGGCAACAACGGCUCCACCGUGACUGGCGCUCUCUUGGCCAACAAGCACAACGUCUCCUGGAACACCAAGGAGGGCACCCGCAACCCCGACUACUGGGGUUCGCUCACCCAGGCUUCGACCGUUCGCCUUGGCUCUGGCCCCAACGGUGACAUUUUCGUCCCCUUCAACCACCUGCUCCCGAUGGUCAACCCCAACGACAUUAUUGUCGAUGGCUGGGACAUUUCCUCUGCCAACCUCGGCGACUCGAUGAAGCGCGCUCAAGUCUUUGACUAUGAUCUCCAGCGCCAGCUCUACCCCAUGAUGGUCAACAUGCGCCCCCGCCCGUCCAUCUACUUCCCCGACUUUAUUGCUGCCAACCAGGCCGACCGCGCCGACAACGUCCUCACUGGCUCCAAGCAGGAGCAGAUGGAGCAGAUUCGCCGCGACAUUCGCGAUUUCAAGGCUCGCGAGAACCUCGACAAGGUCAUUGUCCUCUGGACUGCCAACACUGAGCGCUUUGCCGACAUUAUUCCCGGCAUGAACGACACUGCCGAGAACAUUCUCAACGCCAUCAGCCAGGGCCACUCUGAGAUUUCGCCCUCGACCCUCUUUGCCGUUGCCUCCGUCCUCGAAGGCUGCACCUACAUUAACGGCUCGCCCCAGAACACCUUCGUCCCCGGUGUCGUCGACCUUGCCAACCAGCGCCGCGUCUACAUUGCUGGUGACGACUUCAAGUCUGGCCAGACCAAGAUGAAGUCCGUCCUCGUCGACUUCCUCGUCGGCGCCGGCAUCAAGCCCACCUCCAUUGUCUCGUACAACCACCUCGGCAACAACGACGGCAAGAACCUCUCUGCGCCCCAGCAGUUCCGCUCCAAGGAGAUUUCCAAGUCGAACGUUGUCGACGACAUGGUUGCCUCGAACAACAUUCUGUACAAGAAGGACGAGCACCCCGACCACGUUGUCGUCAUCAAGUACGUCCCGUACGUUGCCGACUCGAAGCGCGCCAUGGACGAGUACACUUCUGAGAUUUUCAUGGGCGGCAAGAACACGAUUGUCAUGCACAACACUUGCGAGGACUCUCUGCUCGCCUCGCCCCUGAUCUUUGAUCUCGUCAUCCUUGCCGAGAUUUGCGAGCGCAUCACCUUCAAGACCGAGGACAUGGCCGAGUUUGACCGCUUCAACUCUGUUCUCUCCAUCCUCUCGUUCAUGCUCAAGGCCCCGCUCGUCCCCAACGGCACCCCCGUCGUCAACGCUCUGUUCCGCCAGCGCGCUUGCAUUGAGAACAUUUUCCGUGCUUGCGUCGGCCUCAAGCCCGAGAACCACAUGAUGAUUGAGCACAAGCGCCCUACCAACACUGAGGCUGUCCCGAUCGUCCGCAAGUUUGCCGAGGCCAAGAUUGACUCUGUUGCCCCCGUCGCUACCGGCACUGGCUCUGCUUAAAUCACACGAGCAGAGAAAGUGUUUUGUUGUGCUUUCUUUCAUGGUCUGAUGUUUUUGUGUUUUUUACAGCUGUGUGUGAUUGCCUGUUUUCUUUGUUCAAUCCUUCUUUUGUGCUACUGCUGCUGUUAUUCUCUGUUUUCUACCCUGCUGUGUUUUCUGCUGUGUUUUCUGCUGUGUUUUCUGCUAUGUUGGAAAGACCAAUGAAGAAGCCUUUUUUGUGUUUACAA